CGUCAAAUCGCAUUGCUUAGCGGCAAGUGGGAGCGAUUCAUGUGGGGUUUUGGGGUUUGCUAAUUUUGAUAGCUAACCUGACGUCUCUUAAAUUUACGUUUGAAGGAGAUGGCCACACUCUAUGUCUCCCCCCACCCUGAUGACUUCAGGAGCCUCCUGGCCCUGAUCGCUGCCGAAUAUUGCCCUUCCCAUCCGCGUGUUAUUACAGAGGACCCACCAGCACAUCUCGCCAAAUCCCGCCCUGCCUUGGUCUUGGCUAGCGGCAACACAGUCCUGACAGGGGCCAAUGCGGUGGGCUGGUUCCUCUCCUCUGAGGCAAAGAGGAAAGGUAAAGAUGUGAAGCAGGAGAGCCAGGUGUGGCAAUGGCUGAGCUUUGCAGAGAACGAGCUGAUUCCCAUCUCCUGCGCUGUGGUAUUUCCCCUGAUGGGAGUCAAGGGAGUGGACAAACAGCUCCAGCAGAGUUCCCGGGCAGAACUGAAGCGAGUCCUAGGCAUUCUGGAUCAGACCCUGCAGCCCAGAACUUUCCUGGUGGGGGAGAGCCUCUCCUUGGCUGACAUUGCAGUGGCCAUGGCCGUGCUGCUGCCCUUUAAAUAUGCCUUGGAGCCCUCUGACAGAAAGUCGAUAAUCAACGUAACCAGGUGGUUCCUUACAUGCAUUAACCAGCCCCAGUUUGUGAAGGUUCUUGGCAAAAUCGCACUCUGUGAGAAAAUGGUUCCAGUUUCACCUCCAACAAGCUCUGCCCCCAAAGCUGCUGCUGCCAACAAUACCGCUGCCAGCGGCCAGCCAAAAACAGAAGCCCAGCUGAAGAAGGAAGCAAAGAAGAGAGAGAAGAUGGAGAAGUUCCAACAGAAGAAGGAGAUGGAGGAGAAGAAGAAACAGCAGCCUCAAACAGAGAAGAAGAGCAAACCAGAGAAGAAGGAGUUGGGAGUCAUUGCAUACAACAUUCCCACCCCUGCUGGGGAGAAAAAGGAUGUGGUGAGCCCUCUGCCAGAUUCCUACAGUCCCCAGUAUGUGGAGGCUGCUUGGUACCCCUGGUGGGAAAAGCAGGGCUUCUUUAAGCCUGAGUAUGGGCGCAAAAGUCUCAGGGAGCCAAACCCCCGUGGAAUCUUCAUGAUGUGUAUCCCUCCGCCAAAUGUGACCGGAUCUCUUCACCUGGGUCAUGCCCUUACCAAUGCCAUUCAGGACUGCCUGACCCGAUGGCACAGGAUGAGGGGCGAGACCACCCUGUGGAACCCGGGCUGCGACCAUGCGGGCAUCGCCACCCAGGUGGUGGUGGAGAAGAAGCUGAUGAGGGAGAGGGGCCUGAGCCGCCAUGACCUGGGCAGGGAGGGCUUCAUCCAGGAGGUGUGGAAGUGGAAGAACGAAAAGGGAGAUCGAAUCUAUCACCAGCUGAAGAAGCUGGGCUCCUCUCUGGACUGGGAUAGGGCCUGUUUCACCAUGGACCCUAAACUGUCCUAUGCGGUGCAAGAGGCCUUUAUCAGAAUGCAUGACGAUGGAGUGAUCUAUCGGAGCAAGAGACUUGUCAACUGGUCCUGUACGCUCAACUCUGCUAUCUCGGACAUAGAGGUGGAUAAGAAGGAGCUGACUGGCAGAACUCUGCUCCCAGUCCCUGGAUACAAGGAGAAAGUGGAGUUUGGGGUUCUGGUCUCGUUUGCGUACAAGAUUGAGGGAUCAGAUGAGGAGGUGAUUGUGGCCACCACUCGUAUUGAGACCAUGCUGGGUGAUACGGCUGUCGCUGUCCACCCCUCCGACCCCAGAUACCAGCACCUGAAAGGGAAGGCAGCCAUCCAUCCAUUCUGUGACCGAAAGCUGCCCGUUGUCUUCGACGAGUUUGUGGACAUGAACUUUGGAACAGGCGCUGUGAAGAUCACUCCUGCCCAUGACCACAACGAUUAUGAAGUGGGAGAGAGGCACAAGCUGGAUUUCAUCAAUAUCCUGGAUGAAAACGGCUACCUCAUCAACGUACCGCCUCCAUUCCUGGGAAUGAAGAGGUUUGACGCGAGGAAGGCAGUGCUGCAGGCCCUGAAGGAUAGAGGACAGUUUAAGGAGGUCAAGGACAACCCCAUGGUGGUGCCUGUGUGCAGCCGCUCUAAGGACAUCGUGGAACCCCUGCUGAAGCCGCAGUGGUACGUCGACUGCAGAGACAUGGGCAAGCAGGCGGCUGACGUGGUCAGGGAGGGCAGGCUCAAGAUCAUCCCCGACCACCACCUCAAGACCUGGUUCAACUGGAUGGACAACAUCAGGGACUGGUGCAUCUCUCGCCAGCUGUGGUGGGGUCACAGGAUUCCAGCGUAUUUCGUCACUGUUGAUGACCCCUCUGUCAAACCUGGAGAGGACAUGGAUGGCCACUACUGGGUCAGUGGGAGGACAGAGGAGGAGGCCAGAGAGAAGGCAGCCAAGCGCUUCGGUGUCCCCGCAGAGAAGAUCUCCCUGAGACAGGAUGAGGAUGUGCUGGACACCUGGUUCUCCUCUGGAAUCUUCCCCUUCUCUAUUUUUGGCUGGCCCAAUGAGACGGAGGACCUGAAUGUGUUCUACCCCGGAACCCUGCUGGAGACGGGGCACGACAUCCUGUUCUUCUGGGUCGCCCGGAUGGUGAUGAUGGGGCUCAAACUGACUGGGAAGCUGCCCUUCAAAGAGGUGUACCUGCACGCUGUGGUGCGCGACGCUCACGGGAGGAAGAUGAGCAAGUCCCUGGGCAACGUCAUCGAUCCGCUGGACGUCAUUACCGGGAUCUCCCUGGAGGGUCUGCAUGCACAGCUGACGGACAGCAAUUUGGACCCAGUGGAGAUUGAGAAGGCCAAGCAGGGACAGAAAUCAGAUUACCCCAGUGGGAUCCCUGAAUGUGGCACAGACGCUCUCAGGUUUGCCCUGUGCGCCUACACCAGUCAAGGGAGGGACAUUAACCUGGAUGUGAACCGGAUCCUGGGCUACAGGCACUUCUGCAACAAGCUGUGGAACGCAGUGAAAUUCGCCAUGAAGGCACUGGGGGAGACGUUUGUGCCAGCAGAAAAGGCACAGCUGUCAGGUGAUGAGAGCGUCUCCGACAGGUGGAUUCUGUCCAGGCUGUGCGCUGCGGUCGGUCUGUGCGGCUCCGGGUUCGAGGCCUACGACUUCCCCGCCAUCACCACCUCCAUCUACAACUUCUGGCUGUACGAGCUGUGUGACGUUUACCUGGAGAGCGUGAAGCCCGUGCUCAGCAAACCGGACGCGGACCAGGAGACACGGAAGCAGGCAGCUGUCUGCAGACAGACGCUCUACACCUGUCUGGAGGUGGGGCUCCGCCUCCUGUCUCCCAUCAUGCCCUUCGUCACAGAGGAGCUCUUCCAGCGCCUGCCGCGCCGACACGCACAGAGCAACCCGCCCAGCAUCUGCGUCACGCCGUACCCUGAGGCCACCGAGUUUUGCUGGCACAGUGAGGAGGUGGACCGGGAGAUGGAGUUUGUGAUGACUGUGGUCAGGACCAUCCGCUCUCUGAGGGCUGACUACAACCUGACCAAGACCCGUGCCGACUGCUACCUGCAGUGCAUCGACGGUGACACCGUGGCCCUGGUGGAGAAGUACCGGCUGCAGAUCCAGACCCUGUCGUACUCCCAGUCCCUCCGCCCUGUCAGCAGCGCUGGGGGCGACGGCGGGGCCGUCCCCGAGGGCUGCGCCGUCGCCAUCGCCUCUGACAGGUGCACCGUCCACCUGCUGCUCAAGGGUCUGAUCGACACAGAGAAAGAGGUGGCCAAGCUGACCUCGAAGCAGGGUGAGCUGGAGCGGCAGAUGGAGAAGCUGAAGGAGAAGAUGGCGAAGAGCGACUACAAGGAGAAAGUGCCGGCCAAAGUGCAGGAGCUGGACGCCGAGAAGCUGCGGCAAAGCCAGAUAGAGCUACAGAAAGUGAAGGAAGCCAUAGACAACUUCAAGAAAAUGAUGUAAUCUUUUCCUUUAACCCCACACUGUCCCUGUUCCCUAGGAAUGUCUUGUCUUCUUUUCACCCUGCUUUAUUGGUCCUAUGCUUAAGUAUGAAAAGUCACAUUCUUAACUGUU